AAUUAGCAAUUCACAAUGGAAGCUUUGGCACUUAAUUACAGCAUUGCUAAGACAAUAAUAAUAUGAGAAAUACUAAAGUUGAAUGCAGCAUUUCUUGACACACCUCUGGUUGCCUUCUUAUUGGCUGGGAAGCAAUUAUAUAUGAGUAGUAAAUAAUCCAUACAAAAAUGAAUGUGUAUGUACAAAGGCAGUAUGCAUUUACAACAGGUACUUCUAGUUAGGCUAAGUUCAGUCACUGCUGCUGAUUUGGACUGAAAUGUUAUGGGCAGCCAAAGUGGAGAUCAUCAUCAGAGACUGCUAUAGAUUCAAGGAGAGCACACUGCAUUCUGAAUCUCCAGCAUCUUCUACCAUUCUGGAUUGCAUUUGUCUUCAAGGUAAAGAAGAUGGCAUUUUAUCCCCUGCAAAUUGCUGGACUGGUUCUUGGAUUCUUUGGCAUGGUUGGGACUCUUGCCACAACCCUUCUGCCUCAAUGGCGAGUAUCAGCUUUUAUUGGCAGCAACAUUAUUGUUUUUGAGAGGCUUUGGGAAGGGCUCUGGAUGAACUGCAUCCGACAAGCCAAGGUCAGGCUGCAGUGCAAGUUCUAUGGCUCUUUGUUGGCUCUCCCACCUGCUCUAGAAGCAUCUCGGGCACUCAUGUGUGUGGCCGUGGCUCUCUCCUUGAUUGCCCUGGUUAUUGGCAUCUGUGGCAUGAAGCAAAUCCAGUGUACAGGCUCUAAUGAGAGGGCCAAAGCGUACCUUCUGGGAACAUCUGGAGUCCUUUUCAUCCUGACCGGCAUCUGUGUUCUGAUUCCAGUGUGCUGGACAGCCAAUAUCAUCAUCAGGGAUUUCUACAACCCAGCCAUCAAUGUAGGUCAGAAACGUGAGCUGGGAGGAGCACUUUUCCUCGGGUGGGUGAGUGCAGCUGUCCUCUUCAUUGGAGGGUGUCUGCUUUGUGGGUACUGCUUUUGCAACAGAAAGAAGCAAAGGUACAGAUAUCCAUCCCCAGGCUACUGUGUGCCACACACGGAUAAACGAAGGAACAUGACAAUGAUUAGUAAGACCUCCACCAGUUAUGUCUAA